GGCGGGUUCCGACUCUGGGGCUAAUUCCAGGACGAUGUCGGGGGAGGUUCCUGCGAAUAUCAACAUCAAGGAGCCUCGAUGGGAUCAAAGCACCUUCGUGGGACGAGCCAAUCAUUUCUUCACUGUGACCGACCCCAGGAAUGUCCUCCUAACGGAUGAGCAGCUGGAGAACGCCAGGAGAAUCGUCCAUGACUACAGGCAAGGGGUUAUUCCUCCGGGGCUCACAGAAAACGAGCUAUGGAGAGCCAAGUAUGUUUACGACUCGGCUUUUCACCCGGACACGGGCGAGAAGAUGAUCCUGAUCGGACGGAUGUCGGCUCAGGUUCCGAUGAACAUGACCAUCACCGGCUGCAUGAUGACUUUUUACCGGACCACGCCGGCCGUGCUCUUCUGGCAGUGGGUCAACCAGUCCUUCAACGCCGUGGUUAACUACACCAACCGCAGCGGGGACGCGCCCCUGAGCGUCAGUGAAUUGGGAACAGCCUAUGUCUCUGCCACCUCAGGUGCCGUGGUGACAGCUCUGGGACUAAAUGCAUUAACCAAGCACGUGUCAUCCCUCGUGGGGCGUUUUGUGCCCUUUGCUGCCGUGGCUGCUGCGAACUGCAUCAAUAUCCCACUAAUGAGGCAGAGGGAACUCAAAGUGGGCAUUCCCAUCACGGAUGAGCGUGGCAACCGCCUGGGCGAGUCUGCCAACGCUGCCCAGCAAGCCAUCACGCAAGUUGUGGUCUCCAGGAUCCUCAUGGCCGCCCCGGGCAUGGCCAUCCCUCCAUUCAUCAUGAACACUCUAGAAAAGAAGGCUUUUCUGAAGGUCUGAGCUUUGUCACGGGACCCUGCAGUUGCAAUCUGGAAGGCUUUCUUCCUGACUCUCCCGCAGAUGCCCGCUGCCUGCUUUACCCCCACACACCCCUCCAGGACGGGUCCGUGCCCCUUGCUAGCUACUGGAGGAAGUUUGGUGGUAGUUCUAGACCUUCGGUUUCACUGCAGUGUUGCUUUGAAAAAGAUUAAGUACUCCUGAGCUAAGUACUCCAGACACACCUUCCCAAGUGCAAGUGCAUUUAAAUAUUGCAUUCGCCUAUACACAGGUCACCUUUGGUGGAAGUCCCAUCGAUCAGACUCAAAGGAUCGGGAGAUCAUUUUCUCCUGAUUUCUCUGGCGUACGCAUGCCCAGGCAGGUGGUGAGCAUCGGCCUGGGUGCCCACCGUACCAGCCAUGUGUGUGCAAGGUUGAACUGACCCAGGCUUUUCCCUGGCAAAUGACCCAACUCCUCUGCAAACAGGAGAUGAACUGCUCAUUUUCAGCUCUUUGCCAACACUCGUGCUCUGGGAGUAACUCGUCUCCUGAGCCGUGCUGGCAAAAGGCCUCAGCUGUGGGCAAGGGACUCAUGGAAAGUUCUGGAACUCAACCCCCCCCCCCAAAAAAAAAAAAAGUUGGCUGCCUAAAAAUCAUGGUGUUCCUAUGAAUCUCCUGGUAGUUGCCUCUUUGGGCUACUGUGGGGAUUUUCACUAGCCCAGGGCUGGUGGCUCACAUCGGUCAUCUUAGUGAUUUAGGAGGCUGAGAUCGGAGGCUCGAGGUUCGAGGCCAGCCCAGACAGGAAAGUCCUCGAGACCGGUGUGAGCGUGGAGCACUUCAUUUGCUCAUUCACAGGCGGCGUUUGUUCGGGAAGCCUGUGUCAAGUGCCUGCUGCGUAUCAAACAGGAAGGCAGGAACUAGAAAUUGGGCUUGGGCCCAACUCUCAAGGAUUGGUGGGAGAAAAGACCCAGAAUCAGUGGUUGUCAUGGUGAUGGCCCGAGCCACAAGAAGCACAAAGCAACCGUCUUACCCAGUUGGCAGAGAUGGGCAGAGACGACCAGAAAACCAGCCAAGGGACACACAGAAGCUUACAGGAUGGGCAGGAAACUGAUUGUACUCUAUGUACUCUAAAUGUAAAACUACAUUCAUAAAGCUACUGCUUAAAAAUAGAUGUACCC